GUUCUCCAGUUCCCCCUGUCACAUGGCUCUACCACCGAGUUGAGGCAUAGUGUAGAGAUGGAGGGGGCUUGAGAAACUGUGGAGGAACAUCUGACGGUUCGAUACAACACAGGGGAUAGAGGAAAAUAGUUCAUCUGUCUGCCUUUGCUUUUCGCGUAGGUGUCCAAAAAUGCCAAAUGCAAUGCUGCAUUAGGGUCAUGUUUUCACACACAAGAGGCUCCAUUUAUUGCUUUAAUUGAUUAUGCUAGCGGGGAGUGGAUGGUCUGAGUGGACGCAGAAAUUGAAGGAACAGACCAAAGUGGACGCUGCGCGCCGUCGCGCCUCCCGAAUCUCUGAGCUGAAUCCCAGGGAGGUUGUGGUGCCUACGUGUGCGGUGUGUAUGUGUGUGGUGAGUGUGUGUGUGUGGUUGUGAGAGAGCGAGCGCCAGCGCUCCCACAUGGCCUCCAUGCAGGACGGGCUGAACUUCACGUCUCCUUCCUACGGCAAGGUCCUGCUGCUGGGUGCUAUCGCUGCUGCCUCAGCCUUCGUCGUCACCAUCCUCAUCGUGGUGCUCUGUGUGGGCUGCCAGAGGAAGGGAAAGACGCAUAAUGUCUCCAGUGAAGGUGGGAAACACAGGCUGAUGGACAUGAGUAUACUCAAGCAGUCAAGGCUGCGUUCCAUCAGCAAGUCGGACGGUGAGAUGAACAAGCUAAACUGCAAUGGCAAGAAGUCAUCCAAAAAGAACCGUCCGGCCAGCAUGGACCUCCUGCUGCUGCCUAGCCGCCGGUCCAACUCUGACCUGCGCUCCGGGGGACGGACGCUACCCCAGGUACCCUCUGGUACGGGAGAGGAGCACACCUACUCUGAGGUAGGUCAACGCUCCUCCCCGAAGCGUGGCCCUGAUAACAACCUCUACGCCAUAGUGGGCAGGGCCGGAGAGACAGACACCCCAGCCCCUCCGGCCGUCCCAGCCAACACCCCUGCCCCCCCCGACCUAGACGGGGAAGGGUUGAAUGAACCGCUACCCGAGCCAGAUCCCAUCCCCCAGGCUAUGGCUCCUCCACACCCCCCGGAGACUACUGCAGAGUACGCCUGCGUCCGGAAGCUCCUGAAGGUGGACAAGGCUGUCCCCCAAAAGAGAGAUAGUGGGACGGAUAUGGGGGAAGCACCGGUGCCGCCUCCUCGCCACGCCCCACCUUCACAUCCUGCCCCGCUUCCGCCACACCCUCACAGCGUGAAGAUGCCCCGGAAAAACGCGGAGGCCUUCAACCUGCCCACCUUCCCCAAGGAGGCAGUGUUCAUGGGUAAUGGAGAGCAGUAUAUAUGGAAGCCUCCAGAGGAUGAUGACAUCAUCAUGCUCCAAAACAAACCCUUAGGCCCUCUGAGUCCUCACAGUGGAGAGAACAUACAGCCAUCUACUGCUAUGGCUGCAGAGAUGUACUCCAAACCAGUCAAGAAGAAGAGAGCUGUUCCUGGGUCUCCCCCAGCAAACAUUGGCUUCCGUACCUUGGGGCGCGGUGACCGGGACCGGGACCGAGACGGGGGGUUCAGUGUGGUGGUCAAGCCCCAGAACUGGGCCCCGCAGGAAGGGAAGCCUGUCGGAGGAGCCUCUGCAACUCUGGAGGACCACUGUUACGAGUCCAUCGGGACGGGGGAGGAAUGCAACCCUGCCUAUGAGCCUAUGGAAGGUGGUGGUGGUUGGAAGCGAGUUGGAGGAACCGAACGGCCUCCCAACACCUGCGCCACCCUCAGGCCCAGGAGGAAGAAGUCCCAGCAGCCCUUGCAGCAGCAGCAGCCUCCCCCGCCACCACCCACACAGCAGACCCCCAAGUUACAGCACCUUCCAGCCAAAGCCCUGCUUCUGCCCGGGGAGAACCUGUACGAGAGUAUAGGGGACAUGAAGCAGGGCGGAACUGCCACUUCCAGCACCACCACCAUCUUCACCUUCAACGAUGGCAUGGAGAUGUAUGUCACUGGGCUCUAAGGCUGCUCCCUCUGUGACCUGUGACCUCUCACCUCCUUCCUAGCAUUUAAAAAGAAGACCACGGUCGAAGAGAGCUGGUUGAGCCCCUCUCAUGCUCACUCACAUGUUUACAUUACAGUCAUAACUUCCUGCCUUUCAGAGCCUAGGGCAACAGUGUUGGUCAGUGGUUAACGACCUGGGCUGAAGAGAAAGUCCUUGGCUGGGUCAAACCCCUACCUUGAAUCCAAAGGUAGUGAUGAGAAAUGAGCACAAAACUAUUACAGAAAAAUCUGUAGGAUGGCAGCACUAUUUGAACAAUGUGCAGAGCACAAUUAGAGGGAACAUUUGGAAAAUUCUUCCCAAUUUUUGCAGGUCUAACCAUGAAAUAUAAUUCAUUUCUAUGGUUAAAACAGUGUUAUUGUACUGGCAAUCCUGGAGCCCUAGUUUAGGAAUGAGCACAACUUUCAGUUUACUCCCUAUGUAGCACUUAGUCUGUGUACGGCAGACCUUUCCCCCAAGUUGGUCGAGGUGUGAUCCCGGAAGCAAUUAAAAGUAUUAAAAGUAAAGAAAUUAAAUAUUAAUCAAAAGACUUGAAAGCUCAGGGACCAAGAGUCAAAUUAUGAGAGAAUAAUUAACUAAAUUGCACACAUUGUUGUUUUCUUCCCCCCAAAAAACACAAAUAAUUUUGACCAUAUUCUCAGAUGAUAAUAGCAGAUAUUUUUCCCUUUUCAUUUGUUACAUAUCACAUGGACUGACAACUGUCCAAUGCCAUCUGUAAAUGAAGUGUUUUAUUUUGUCGAUCUUUUUCUUGCACUUUGCCUGCUUAAUGUUGCAUGCUAAAAAACUCAAAUCAAACACUGUCAUGUGGUAUCUAAGAACGGUUUCUUUUUGAUAAUGUUGUUGAUUGUUUAGUUAUUAUGUUGCCUUGUUUCUCUUAGAGAGCAAAAUGUCAUUCUGAUUCAGGAUAGCUUUGGUCACUGGGAAUCUCUGGUAAUUGUUACUGUCAAGUUGGUCACUGCCUUUGUCUUCACCACAGAGAGGAUAGGAUACUACUAUCUGAACUACAGGGGCCACAUCUAGUCAAGGGGGCAUGCUGGUGGAGUCCACACAAAUUGAAUAGCUCCAUCCUCACUCUCAAAACUGUGGAUCAGCCAAGAUACUGCUUCUGCCUCACAAUCCUGAUCACUGAUGAUGGUGAUUUCACCAUCCUCAACUCUGAACGCAUGGUGGAACUGACAUCCAUCAACAAACCCUCUAUAGCUGUGUCUCAUCACGCCACUGAUGAACAGUUUGAUCUCCUCUCGAUCCCCAGUGACAUCUUAAAUAUACAGAAGAAAGACAACAGUGCAGUGACAAUAAAUGCCAAUGAUCCAACACAGAUAUUGUAAAGGAGCGUAUAAAAAGUAUAACGCAAAACGUCAUCUCAACCUGGAUACUAAAGAAGAAAACUUCAUUUGACCAAAUAUGCCAGCACACAAUGUGGUUAUUAUUAUUAUUAUGUAUGUUGACGCAAUGUGCGCGUGUGUAUGUUACUAAAAGAGAAAUAAUAAUAAAUAUAUAAUUGGUGUCAAGAAAUCUAUCUUUUACUAUUUAUGUUUGGUUGUGUUUUUGGAAUGACUUCUCUGGUGGCAAAUUUGCAAAGAAGUUACAUUGUGAAUUUUGAUGUGCUUUUGUUAAAUUUUUCCGAGCCACUUAAGCUAUGAUGUGUUCAUUGAAAACCCCAUCUAAGUUUUAUGUGGCAGCUAAUGUUGUGUGUUUGCUAAUCAGACUACGGGGUCUUGUGCUCGAAGCUUGUAAUUAAGUGCUAAAAAUGAAAAGAUUGUAAUGUUUUAUAUCAAGAUUAAUAUUCAUGACAAUGUCGGUCAAGUUUAUACUUUUGUAAUAAAGUGGCACUUUGAAAAAUG